AUGCCCAAGGUCCAAAAGUCCAAGCGCAAUGGCGCCUCGCAGGGCAUGUCAGAUGCUGCUGCCAAGACGAAGGCUGCUCACAGCAUCUUCAAGAUGAACACUGAUAUCGGCCAGCACGUUCUGAAGAACCCUGGUAUCGCCGCUGCGAUUGUGGAAAAGGCUGAGCUCAAGCAAAGUGACAUCGUCCUCGAAAUCGGUCCCGGUACUGGUAACUUGACCGCCAAGAUUCUAGAAAAGGCAAAGAAGUGUAUUGCGGUGGAACUGGAUCCUCGUAUGGCUGCUGAAGUCACCAAGCGUUUCCAAUCCACCCCAUACCAAAAACGUCUGGAUGUCAUUCUUGGAGAUGUGAUGAAGACCGAGCUCCCAUACUUCGAUGUCUGCAUCAGUAAUACUCCUUAUCAGAUCUCUUCUCCACUCACAUUCAAGCUCCUGGCCACCUCCCCGGCGCCUCGUUCCUGUAUUCUCAUGUUCCAGCGUGAAUUCGCACUGCGACUAUUCGCCAAACCCGGUGACAAACUCUACAGCCGACUUUCAGUCAAUGCGCAAAUGUGGGCCAAGAUUGACCACAUCAUGAAGGUUGGCAAGAACAACUUCAAGCCCCCACCACAAGUCGAGUCCAGCGUUAUUCGUAUGGUCCCCAAGAACCCGCGGCCACAAAUCAGCUAUGAAGAGUGGGAUGGUCUCCUGCGCAUUGUAUUUGUGCGAAAGAACAAGACUCUCCGUUCCAGCUUCAUUGGUGUCACCAGCAUCAUGGACCUCCUCGAAUCAAACUAUCGAACUUGGUGUGCGCAGAACGACAUUCCUGUAGAGGAUGGCCCAGCCGAAGUCGCCAAUGAUGACACUGCGAUGGAUCUGGGCGAUGAGGAGGAGCAAGUCGCCGAGCCAGCCGAUGAGGUCAUGGAUAUGGACGAUGACGAUGUUCCUGACUUUUUCAAAGAGGAGACCAACGCCCGCCUUGAGGCAGCGCUGAAGAACGGAGCCUCACGCAAGAAGCGUGGUAAGGUCGCCGAGCUCGUCCGCGAGAAAGUCCGCAGUGUCCUUGAGGAUGACACCAACCUUGGAGACAAGCGCGCGAGAAUGUGCGAUGAGAACGAUUUCUUGAAGUUGCUUUGGGCAUUCAACCAGAAGGGCAUUCACUUCAACUGA